AUGGCGUAUUGGGAUGCACUCGCCGAUGAUCUGUCGCGCACGUUCGUUAGCAUCGAGACCGACUUGCGAUUUCGGACUACAUUACUAAGACAACAAUGCGAGAGGCUCCAAAGUAUUUGCAAUUAUAUUCAAGAGUUGGAUACCGCACACUGUGAGGAAAAAGCAUUGCGACAAACCGAGAUGGUGGCUGUGGAGCAGUCGAUUCAAGACGCUAUUCAGCGUGCGCGUCAAAUUCGAACGGAACAUGCGGCUAAUGGCGACAGCAGCAACGAAAAAAGGAAAGCGGAAUCACACUCCAGAGAGCAAUUACAGAACAUUUUGGCGAUUGCAAAGGCAACUCAAUCGGUCCAGCGGAUAAGGCAGCUACCGGAGACCCGGCCGAGAGCUCGACUGAUAUAUCCACGCGAGUUGAAAGCUUUAGAAAAACAGCUGCAUGAUCUCCAAGAAAAGGAGCGCGAAUCAUCGAUGCGAUUUGCAUUUUGCUGUAAGAUGAACGAAUACUUGUCGUUGAGUCCUGCAAGACGACAAUUUGUCGUGAACCAAAAGCACAAGCUUGGGCGUCAUGAAAUACCAGUUGCUCGUAUUCAAACAUCGUUUCCUUGUCAGAUGGCAAGCCUUCAGCACGCAUAUCAAAAAUUGCAUGAAUUUGUGCUCACGAAGGUCAAGUUGGAGUCGCUCCAAUUUGAGCAGAUAGCUAAAGCACCUACAUUAUCGUCGGUGAUUCCGAUCUACUGCCGGGUGAAGCAGGCAAAAAGAAUAUUACGGCUACUUGAUAGUGAGACAAAAGCAUUAUCGAUGCGUUUACCCGACUCAGCACCACAACUAUCCGAAUCUACAAUACAUCAUCGAGAUACAAUUCUUGCUAAAAUUCGCAAAAAAACUUCGCGAGUAAACGCUGGGGGUAUUGACAAUCAAGCGCUAGUAGAUGCAGCUUCGCAUCGAUGGAUUGACAAACAGCUUUUAGAGAAAUUGCAAGGCGUGUGGAAUACAGAUAAAUCAGCGCAAGUCAAAGCUCUUCACCCUCACGAUUUGUAUCCAACUGCCGUGAGUGAGAUUGUCUUGACAAAGCUCUUAAACUCUCUUCUGGAAUCAAUAAGGACAUGCUCUACGGACACUACGGAGCCACGAAAUGCGUCGCAAGUGGAAGGUCUUAUGCGCCUCGUUCGACUUGUCGACUCAAUUGCACUUUCGGGGGGGCGAACUUACCGUAGCAUCGUCGCUUCACAUUAA